GUAGGAGUCGCGCUGCAUCUUGGGUACAUAACUCCGUGGUGAUGCAGUGAGCCUGUUGUGUUUGAAGGGAAACCAAAGUAAAGUAAACGGCUUAAACCGAGUUCCUGGUUUUUCGCAGUGCUGAAACGGUCACCGUGAACGAUGAGCGAACUUCGCUGGUCGUGUAUACGCGACAUUCGGCACUCCUGAGCCCCGAAAACGAGUCCUCCUCGGCGGGGAAGAGCGAGAAUGAAGAAGCCGAGCGUCCUGCUCCCUUUUGUCGGCUUGACUGGGAAAUGGUAGCGUACUGUCGGAACCGCACUGGGAAGGAACAUGGUCGAGAGGAGCAGCAAAUUCUUGUUGAUCGUCGUCGGAUCCGUGUGUUUCAUGCUGAUUCUGUAUCAGUACGUGGCCCCCGGGGUGAUCAAUUUCGGCUCCCCGCACGGUUAUUUCACGGAGGAAGACGAGGGGGACAUCUUCCCCACUCCGGACCCCCACUACGUUAAGAAAUACUAUUUCCCCGUCAGGGACUUGGAGAGGACCAUCGAUUUCCAAAUCAAAGGGGAGGACGUGAUCGUGUUUUUGCACAUCCAGAAAACCGGCGGGACUACGUUCGGCCGGCACCUGGUCCAGAAUGUCCGUCUGGAGGUCCCUUGCGACUGCAGACCGGGCCAGAAGAAGUGUACCUGCUACCGGCCGAACCGUAAGGAAACCUGGCUCUUCUCCCGGUUCUCCACCGGCUGGAGCUGCGGCUUACACGCAGACUGGACCGAGCUCACCAACUGUGUACCCGGAGUCCUCAACAAGAAGGAGAACAAGCAGAAGAACCUGAGAAAGUUUUACUAUAUCACUUUGCUGAGGGACCCGGUGUCUCGCUACCUCAGCGAGUGGAGACACGUGCAGCGUGGUGCCACAUGGAAAACCUCCCUCCACAUGUGUGAUGGACGAACGCCGACACCCGAGGAGCUGCCGUCCUGCUACGAGGGCUCUGAUUGGUCUGGCUGCACCCUGCAGCAGUUCAUGGACUGUCCUUAUAACCUGGCCAACAACAGACAGGUGCGAAUGCUGGCAGACCUGAGCCUCGUUGGCUGCUACAACAUGUCUACUGUUCCGGAGAAGAAGAGGGCCCAGCUUCUCCUGGAGUCAGCCAAGAAGAACCUCCGGGACAUGGCCUUCUUUGGUCUGACAGAGUACCAGAGGAAAACCCAGUUCUUAUUUGAGAGGACAUUCAGGUUGCGCUUCAUCAGGCCAUUUAUGCAGUACAACAGCACCAGAGCAGCGGGGGUGGACCUGGACAAUGCAACGGUCCAACGUAUAGAGGAGCUGAAUGAGCUGGACAUGGAGUUGUAUGACUACGCCAAGGACCUGUUCCAGCAGCGGUACCAGUACACCCGGCAGCAGGAGAGACGGCAGCAGCGCAUCAAGAAUCACCUGCAGAACCACCAGGGUCUGGGCCUUGGGGUCAGCCUGUGGCCGUCCAAAGCCCGCCAGAGCUCCGCCCUCACACUGGAGGAAACCGACGGCGGGGAGAGGGAGGAGCGCGACGAGGCCACGGAAGAGGGGGGCCGAACUGAGGAGGCGGGCAACAGGCUCCCCACCGAGGACUACAUGAACCAGAUCAUCAACCGCUGGUAGCAGCAAAACGAGAACACGGACAUGCAUAUGUAAUGUGAAACACACACUUCUAUAAACACACACAGGAAGCAGAGCCUGAAUAGACCCGUAUGACAGAUGAACACACACAAGAGGAGGGUUUUGCUCUGGGUAUGACAGUCCAGUGGUUGCUAUGGAGACCUGGGCUCGGGCGAUUGCAUCAGUUUGUAUUAUUGCCCGGCUGUUAUUAGCACCCACUUGGCCCUUUCCUCCCCCUCAGAGUCUGUCCCAUCAUUCCUGACUGAGCAGAGAUAUUUUUAAGAGAUGCUGACAAACGAGCAUCACAUCCAUCUCUCCUGCCCCCACCUCUUCUUCUUCCUCCUCUUCCUCCUCCUCCUGCCCUCCUCCCAUUCUCUGUGGCCUGAUAUGGAGCAUGAGAAAAAUAAAACAAAGUCUGUGAAUUCCCACUAAUCCUCACUAAGGACCGGUCUGUUUUCCUGGAAUCGGCUCCAAUUUCAAAGGAACUGGGGAAACUAUGAAAGUAUGUCGUUUGGCUGAUCCAAACAAAGGAAACUGGUGGGAGUAAAGAAGAAGAUUGUACCUGAAAGGAAGAAAGAAGUUGGACUGAGAUGUGUAAUAAAGCUUUUUGCUUUUAAAAAAAUCAGCCAUUUCACCCAUGAACAAGCUUUGAUCAUGAAAUAGUGACAGUCUCAUUCUCAUUUUAGGAUGAUUUUGUUUGUAUUUUCCUUUGUGUUUAUGCUUUUUUAAAGCAGAAUUGUAAUAACACUGAGACCAAUAUUGCUGCCUAAAGAAAAUUCCUUUAUUUCUUUAUUUUUGUUGUUUUUUAAGUCAAAGCUAAUGGAUUGGAUUGAUGGACCAUAGCCAUUAUUGAAGCCUUGAAUAUUGUGUAGGGAGUUAAUUGUCCUGUUUCUCUGUGUAAGAUUCCUAACGCCCCAGUGGCUACCGUCAGAACCCUGUCAGUACUUGGAACCUGAUUUAUUCUACACACAUACAUCAAUGCUACUUCCUCUCAGAGUUCAGUACAUUUUGUCCCUUCAGCUACAUCUGUAAACAUUAACUAGUUAAAUAACAUCAGAUAAUACUGGCUAAUUAACCAGUUAACCACAUCUUUGCAGUUCAGUCCACACUGCAAAACAGUUAUUUUAAGGUUUGUUGUUUUUUUUUUUUUUUUGUUUUUUUAAACCCAAAAAAGAGGGCUUAUUUAAUUAGUAUAUUUGAUUAAUAAAGAGAAUGUAGCUCAUCUUCAUUCCAUCAACUCUCAUUAAAUUAUUUUACAUCUGUUUUUUAUUCUUUCAUUCUUUUGUUUUGUAACUAGUAAAACCAAUUAUAUCACUGCAGGAUUUUUAUUUCAGUCACACUCUAGUGACAAGAAACAGUCACGCUUUUGCUUUUGAGUAGAAUAAAUCAAGUUUGUCACUGCUUGUUUUGUUCCAGAAAUACAAUUUAUUGUUUACAUCCACAAAAAAGAAAUAUUUCUAGUAAUCUACAGCAGUUUCUGGGAUAUAAAAACAAUUAAUACUCCAAUGUUACCUUUGGAUUUUAUAGUUAUGAAAUAUAAGAUUAAAUAUUUCAUCAAAUACUUAUACUUUUUCAGUCAGAUCAGUUAAUAUUAGCACACUAGCUAUCAUCAGCUAAUGUUGACACUAGCUACCAAGAUAACAGGAGCUAACAUUUGCCAUUUAGGUAAAUAAGCUAACAUUAGCUAGCAAUGUGCCAGUUCGGUGAGACUGAGAUAAUUACAAAAAAGUAUAGAGUUCAUUUAAAAAGCUGAAGAUAUUUGUGUUUCAAACCCCAGUUUUUCAUUUGAAUCCUGUAUUUCCUCACAAUAUAAAACCAAAGGUAACAGUAAUUUAAUUAUUGAAACACAUUUCAUCAUGAACCACUGGUGAGAGGGUAUUUCUGUGUAGAACAAAUCAGGUUUCCAGGACAGGUCAGGUAGUGACACAGGUUCAUUAAAUCUCUUUUUUUCCUUCCGUGUCUGAGUCAUGCAGAGAAUGACAGCCAAUUACAGCGCUGAGUCUCACAUAGGUGUGAACAAAUCAAAGGCAGAGGAGGAGAGAGUCUGCAGCGAGAUGCCUCGUUGCCAGGAUCCGAUCUGUGUGAGCAGCGAGAGAUUUGAAAGCCUUAACUCAGACAAACGUUUGAGACGGGGAGUCACAGGAACUGCUGGUCACCAUGGUGAUGGGAGCCCUUAAUGCAGUGGGUGGCAUUUUCAGCUCCUCUUUAAGUUUUUUUUUUUUUUUUUUUUUCUCUACGGUUUUGAACCACCUGUUAAAAGGGCGUCUACAUGUCCAGCGGUGACCUGGGGUUCGUCAGUGAUCUGAGCGGUAUCAUGGUUAGUUUUACCCUGAAGAACCGACGGGGCGAGCAGUGCCUCCAUGUACUGGGAUCAUAGUCAACAUGAUUAUUGCAACAUAUUAUGUCUGCAUUAUACCACAGUAACUUCUGACUACUUGUGUGUGUGUGUGUGUGUGUGUGUGUGUGUGUGUGUGUGUGUGUGUGUGUGUGUGUGUGUGUCUGUAAAUAGUAUGUACAGUAUGCAUUGGAUGUGUCUGCCUUUGUAAAUAGUGUGACUGAUGCCUGACGACUUUUGUGAAUGAAUGAUUCCAUGACCAAUAUUUCACCGUUUUCCUUCAAGCAGCACAAAGUCACAGCAGUGACUUUCAUUGUUGUUCAAGACAAUUCUCCCCUUUGCCCGUUACGUUACCUUUUUUUUUUCUCCCCUUUUCUUGUCUCCUCUCAGUGCCAUGGGUUACAUCCAGCAUAAUGACUAUUUUUGGUCCAAUACUCUUAUUUCCAUUCAGCUUCAUUCAAACUGGCCUUGAUUUAUUGGAUCAUCAUCACAUGUGGACAGCACUAGAAAUCAGUCAAAUCAUCAUUUCUUUCCAGUUUAAAGUCUGAUGUUUGGUCCUGAGUGAAAGCGAAAGAAACCUGACAGGUUUUUUUUUUCGUUUCAAGGUUUUUGUAAAAGACAUGUGUCAGAUAAGACAACCAAUAACACAGUGGUCAAAGUUGUCAUAUGGACAUUUAAAAGUGUUUUGACCUCAUACAUACAUUUACUAAUAGGCAAGAAAACAUUCCACCUUAAAAAGUUCCCAGUAGCCUUUGAGCCACUCAGUCAAUUCUCUUUUCUACCUCGCUAAAGUGAACUUGUGCAUUCUUUCAUUCAUCUUUGUUUAAAAAGAACCAUUACAAAACCAGUGUGCGGCAUCCAAAAUGUCUGUAGGAAAUGAAAACUUACAUGAGUUUAUUUAACUGAAAUUCAAACACAAGUGACUGGAGACGUGUUCUAAUGCUAAGUGUACAGAGAAACACUCAGAAUCGUCCACUGUGACUGGAUCAUUCAUCUUAAAGCAGGUCUGAAGAGAGUCUGACAUUUCCUUCAUCCACUUUCUUGUCUCCUCUCAUUGUUAUAAUUACAUCCAAUGACUGUUGGUUCAUAUAUUGUCCUUAUUUACAUGUUCCAACUCACUUUGGUCAGCAAAAUCCACUAAUAGAGUCAAGUUCAAAAAGGCCUUUUGCCUUUUAUUAAUCAAGUUCCUGGUCGGCAGAAUAUGUGGAUUCAGUUGACUCUGAUGCUAAUGUCUGCUUUUCUAUCUGCUCGAGGCUCAUUUAUGACCUCGGAUACAUACAUUACCCUGCGCUUCGGCCACAUUGUGUUCUCUGAGCAAUUCUCAGGGGAAAACAGAAUUUAUUUUUCAUCCAGCAGCCGGUCAGAAAGUAUUUUCAUGAUCUCAUAAUUGUCUGCCUUUUCCCUGAAGUGAUUAAAUCGUUUGCAGGGGACAAAGCCAACAUUUAAAUCCAAUAUUUCUACAAAUAUCGCUGCCAUGCUAGGCUUUUUUUUUUGUGUGUUACUGGAAUGCAUCAGGUCCGCUGUGUCAGCCUCAGCAGUGAAUCUAAAUGUCCUUUUUCGGCCCGGUAAACAUUUUAUCUCUCUGAACAGACACAAAACAUCUGUUGGAUCAUGAAAAUACCUUUGAAGAUGCAUAAUCCUUUGAUGGGUUUGUGUGUAGACAACAUUUAGGUAAGCAGGCGUCUAAUUUUUAGCCAGUGCUUUCACCUGAGUUUCAAAAGGAAUUAAAUUCAAUAAGCGGAUUCAUACUGGUUUUGAUUAAAUGGUACUGAAACCCAACCUCAGACUGUACAUGUAAAAUGGAGCAAUAAGACAGUUAAAGCAAUAGCGUGUGGAUAGAGCUAAGGGUAAAACAUGAGUUCAAGGAGUUAGUUGUACUUCUGCGAAUCGAAAAUGAUCCUGAAGUCAUAGCAGUGGGUUUAGUAGUGAACCAGCACUACUAAACCCACUGACCAGGUCUACAAUAAAGCUCAGAUUACUCAUUUUUUUGACAAGUAAACACUCAAUAUUUGGAAUAAAUGUGUCUGAACCACAAAUAAACAUAUUGGAGACUUGACUAACAUGCCUUCAAAGUCUACUGCUGCAUCACCAACUGUCCAGUGUAGAAGAAAAACUCAGGAAAGCAAAAGAAACGCUGACAGUGGUUUUGCCUCUGUUGUUACCACUUCUUUUCAUUGACUCUGACUGCUGUCCCUUAUAACAGCAGGUGGAAAGCAUCAGCCUUCUGGUGGUUUCACUAUUUACUGUUGGAUUUACCGUUCACUACCUCUAAUUCAGAAACAUUUUUCUUUUUGAAAUUUCCAAACUAAAUUUGCAGGACUUGUAAAUAACCUUCAAAGGUGAAACAGGAUGCAAAAAUCCAACUUGUAGUUUGUGAAAACGCUACGCCUUGUCACCAGUGUUUCAAUAGUUCAGCCAUUUCUGGGAUUUAAAGAUAGUGGAUGCAAAUGAAUGAAAUAAUGUUCACUAGUGAGCCAAAUGUGGCUAAUAUUUGCCACUACCUCAUUCUGGUUGUUAAUAGUCGAGUGCACAUCUUUUGCUUAACAUCACAACUGCCAUUUCCAAACACUAAUGAUCAUUUUAGGUCAUUUUUUUAUUACAACAAAUGACUUCUUUGAGUCUUGUACAUAAGAUUUAAGAAAGUGACUGAUACACCGCUAAACAGCCCAGAUGUAGAUGUGUUUCUUUGUGAUUUACUCCUUUCAAAUUAGGCCUGAUUCACAAAAAGAAGAAGGCAAGAACAAGUGGGAAUGAUGAAAGGUAUUGGAACACAUCCAGAGUCAAUACACUAUUUUUUAUGUUGCUUUCAGAGUCACACAUUGAGGACAGGGGGAAAUAGAUAUGGGGCAAAAAGAGAUGGGUUUUUUGCUGGUUUCAUAUUAACAUCCACAUUAUUGUAUCCUAAGGUAAUGAUUGGAGACUUGAAAACACUGCAACUGUUUCCCUACAACCUGUUCUUGUUCAGAGCCCAACCACAUGAACCAGUAUCAGAUUCUGUAUUAGUGUUUAAAUACAGUGAAUCCAGAGCUGUUCUCCAUGGAGGUAUUUUAUUUUCAUGAUAAUCCUUUCUUCAAAUUUUAUUCUGUUGUGGUUUGACAGUAAGUUUCCGCUCCUCAGAAAUACUCCUGAUACCUAUAAACAGAGAGUAAAACAAAAUACUGCUGCAAUGAUUCCACAAAUUGAUACUGUAAAACUAUAUUCAAACAUUUAAUGUGUCAUCACUAUGUAUAUCUGAUGUCUUAACAGGAUUUUUCUUUUUUUUGUGACAGUGAAGCAACCCAGGUGUCGCAAGCAUCUUCAUUUUAAUUUUGUUUCUAAAGAUGUUUUAAGGAGCGUGUGAUAGACUUGUUUUUGUUGUUUUUCUUUGGAAUGGUGUGCAGUCUGUCUCUGGCUCCUUCUGUACGCAUCAUUAUUAUUGGUUUGUUUCUUAUGAUUGCAAAAAUGAAUCAUCAAGCCACCAAUUAAAAUAUUUCAUUUUUACAGA